AUGAUCGAGACGACACACAACUCACAAUCUAUCCUUCUUUUUUUUUUGUCCUUUCCAGAAACCUACCAAUCCCGCAGCCGCCGAGAUACGCCGCUCCCGACGGAGGAGGAAAUUUCCCGACUGGCGGUCGCGGUAGCCCAGGCCGAGCGGACCAUCCUGCACGAGUUCGGUCCGAAGGUGUGCAUCGAAGAGGAACCCUGCCGGCUGCACGCGAACCAAGCAAGGCACACCAAGGACUACCAGCCCGAUUGGAACGACAUUUUGAAGAACUACAAGGUGCGAGCUAGCGGAAUGAAACAGUGGUAUCUGCUGUCCGUCUUCAUCGGCGAUUACAUCCAGGAUGUUCAGUUCUGUAAGCAGUUGGCUAAACGGUUGGCGUGCGACCGGAAUCAGAAGGAAUUUGUGCGUGAUUGA